AUGGCCCAAGCUCCCCUAACCCCUGUUGGGCCAUCGCUAAGCUGGGUGAUAGCGCCGUGGAUGGGUCCGCUUCAUGGAACGAAGAACAUUUCAAUCCAAAAGGAUGCUCUUCUUGUUAUGUUCCAGCGUGCACAUGACGGGCUUCAUGUUGUCUCUCUACCAGUAUCCGGCCUCGAUGGAGGGAGUACGUAUCUAACGUCUGACGCUGAGGAAGGCGGCCGGCUCAUUGUCAGGUCGAUGGGUGAUCAUGAAAAAAGUUAUGAUGAAGAAAGAGAUGUCAAGUUGCUCAUGGGAUUUGGGCCUGAUCCCCAUAAAACUGUCGCAUGUGUGUUCAACCAUCUCAAAAGGAAAAUCAAAGAGAAACAGGGCGGGUGGACUGAUUCUUGUAUGCACCACUUUUACCAGGGUACUAAGUCAAAGGAUUCCUCCACCUACUCCGAAGAUUCCCAGGAAAGGUCACCUUGGAAGGAUGGAGUCAGCUAUUGCACGUGGAAUGGGCUUGGUUGGGAUCUGAGCGAGAAUAAAAUAUUGAAUGCUCUGGAUGAUCUCGAGAAAUCAGGCAUACAGGUCUCCAACCUCGUUAUCGAUGAUAACUGGCAAACUCUGGCUGGACGUGGCUAUUGUUUUAACGGAACAUGGUCAGCUUUCGAAGCAAAUGAGAAGUUUCCUGGCGGCCUGAAAGGAAUUGUCACUAAAGUACGGGAAAGAUUUCCGAAGAUCAAGCAUAUUGGAGUCUGGCAUGCACUGCACGGCUAUUGGGAUGGUAUUACCCCAAAUAGUGCUCUUACAGAGAAAUACAAGACCAUUGAAGUUUCUUGGAGGGACAACGUCAAUUCGAUAACUAAGAAAUUGACAAUGGUUGAUUCGGAGGAUAUUGAGAGAUUUUAUGAUGACUUUUACAAGCGAGUGUUCCUGUCGGAGAGUGGUAUCGAUUGUGUGAAAACAGACGUUCAAUGUCGGAUCGAUGAGCUUACUUCAGGCGCUGACAAGGCCAGGCUAGCUGGUCCUUAUCAAGAAGCUUUUAGAAAAAGCGCUAUAAAAUACUUUGACCAAAGGGUUAUAUAUUGCAUGUCUCAUGUACCACAAAUAUUGUACACCGCUUUGCUACGGGAUGACGGACUGAAAGCGUUCCUAAGGUCUGCCACGCUGCAUCCCGAUGCAAUGUUGAUGUACUUCUAUCCAAAUGUCCCUCAAAGUCAUUCAUGGCAUAUAUUUGCCAAUGCAAUGAAUAUGAUACUUUUCAGCCAACUUCAUAUCUUGCCCGAUUGGGAUAUGUUUCAAACCUCUCUUCCGCAAUAUGCUUCUAUUCAUGCUGCCGCCCGCUGCCUUUCUGGUGGCCCCAUUUUCAUAACAGACUCCCCAGAAUCACACGAUCGAUAUCUGGUGUCUUCAAUGGUCUCUGUGACGCCCUCUGCCGAAGCCCCUCCUCGCGCCCUGCGUCCUAGUGAAAUGGCAUACGCAGUAGAUCCUUAUCUUGGAUAUCGCUCAAGCAGACUUCUCUGCGUGAAAAAUAGCUACUUAAACGAGAGUGGCAAGGUUCACCUGCUGGGUGUUUUCAAUGUAUCAGGUACCUACAUAGCGGAGCUCAUUGAAGCAUUUUGGCCGAGAGGAGAGUGGGUAGUCAGGGGACACAACAACCAGAAUUUUAAAAAAGUUGAAGGGGAACUGAUGGUUGUAGGAUUGGAAGCUGGUGAUUGGGAGAUUUUUACAGCGGCAGUGGUUCAGGAUAACGUUGCGGUUUUGGGAAUAAAGGAUAAUAUGACAGGAGCCGCCGCGGUUUCCAGGUGGAGCGUGAAAACAGGUAAAGAAGGUAGGGAGAUUGAGGUAGAAUUGAGAGCUCUGGGAACCCUGGGUAGGUGGAUACCCUAUAAAAACUGUUCUUUGAAUCUUGAACUAAUAGUCUGGCUGGCUAAGUGA